AUGCACCAGUCCACGUCAGGGUACCAUCCACGUGAACCGGUAAUUCCGUUGCGUACCAACUAUCGAGCAUCGGACUACAAUCCAUAUCGAGAACCAUACCAAGUGGAUAGUGCGUCAGCGCAAAGGUUCUCUGACAACUACAAGAGCGACCACGUUGGUCAGUACUCCGACUGGUCCGAGCAGGAUAGCCGGGCACCGAGUCGUGGAAGUCGAGGAAGACAGCGUCGUCAAGGAGGCUCAAAGUCGUCGCUGCGACAUCCGUUUUCGUGGCUGAAACGGGGAAAUUCAACGGAUUACGACGAUUCGCUGGUAGAUCCCGCCGAAAGACUUGAGGCGGCUGCAAAUCGAGUCGAUCGAAUGCUGCAAGAACUGAAUGCCUAUGGCGAAUUUGCUGAUAUCAAGCCAUUGGAAUAUCGGCCGUUCCCCACAGCUUUCGGCUCUUUGAAGUCCGUAAAUCGUGCGAUGUCUUCUGCCUGUCAUACCGAAUACGACAAUGCAGAGUCUGAAGCCGCGUUGUCCGACGUCGAAACGAACGCGAAUGGGCGAACGUCGAGGUGGAAAUCAGUGCACUCGAUUGGCUAUGAGAAUGAGUACGAGAUGCAGUCGGACAACGAAGGGUUGGCCAUUGAAGAGAUGAAGGCGUUGUCACGAGAUAUCAGAAGGAAUUUUGGCGACUUCAAGCUAGCCACUUUUGACGACAUCGAUCAAGAUUGA